AUGCCGCGUCAGUCCAGUAUUGAUUUAGACUCGGCCGAUCGGCCCUUUGAUAAUAUCAUCAACUUCCGUGAUGUCGGCCGCUCCGUGAAUCACUUCUGUGGUGCGCAGAUCUUGAAGGAGGGCGUGUUGUUUCGCAGUGCCAGGCUCGACGAUGCCUCAGAACGAGAUAAACGCCGACUGGCCGAGGAACUGCACAUCGUGACGGUGAUUGAUCUUCGAUCUCAAACCGAACACCAGAUGGGGACGCGCAAACGCCGUGCGGAGAACGCGGGCGCGAGCGAGGAUCCCGCAGACAUUGACUUUACGAGAUCCCCCGUGCCCCCGAACGCAGACGAGCAUCUUCUGCAGAUCCCAGAUUCCCACCGAGCCCUGAUCAGCUUGACGGGCAAGGGAUUCGAACGUGCAUUACUGGCCAAGCUCGAUUGGCCCACUUAUUUAAAAGUAUUGGCUUGGGCAGCCACGGGCUAUCGCUCUGAUGCCGUCCGCCUGAUUGGUGAACGGGUUAUGCAGCCGCGAGGUUUAACGGGACUCGCGCAGGAUACCCUCGAUUCCAGCCCUGCUGAGAUCCGCUCCGUUUUCGAACUCCUUGCGAAGGACGACGCGUACCCGCUUCUUGUGCACUGCACCCAGGGCAAGGACCGCACGGGUUUGGUCAUUCUGUUGGCUCUUCUGCUUGCCGGUGAGAAUGUGCCAACGGCUGCUAUUGUGGAUGACUACGUCCGCUCGGAGUUGGAGCUCGUUCCCGAAUUUGAGGAGCGCAUGCGGGAAAUCCGCGCCCUGGGGUUGGGUGAGGACUAUACGCGCUGUCCGCCCGGGUUCGUAGAUACUACUAUCCAGUAUCUGCAGGACAGGUACGGCGGCGUGUGGGGGUAUUUGACGGGGAUUGGGAUCGAUGCGGCGAUGCAAGAACAUAUACGACAGAAACUAUUGAUCCAGUAA